UAGUAAGUAUCUACAUAAUGAAGGUCCCAUGUAAAACUCAUGUACCAAAUUAGACACGUUCUACGGUUGACUAAAAAGAGCAAGGAAAAGUGAAAAUGAAGAAGAAAGUGGUAUUGGUAACCGGUGCUUCCGGUUACCUCGGUGGAUGUCUCUGCCGUGAGUUAUUCAACGCCGGCCACCAUGUUAAAGCCUUCGUCCGCCGUACAAGCGACCUUUCUUCUCUACCUCCGCCUACUGACGGCGGAAGUAGCGGCGGAACCCUAGAGAUUGUGUUCGGAGAUGUCACCGAUUAUCAAUCACUCCUCCAGGCUUGCUCCGGUUGCCAAAUAAUUUUUCAUGCUGCUGCAUUAGUUGAACCAUGGCUUCCAGAUCCAUCUAGAUUCACCUCCGUCAAUGUUGGAGGCUUGAAGAAUGUGUUGCAAGCUUAUAAAGAAACUGGAACUAUAGAGAAAAUUUUGUACACAUCAUCGUUUUUUGCCUUGGGACCAACCGAUGGAUAUGUUGCCGAUGAAGCUCAGAUUCAUUCAGGAAAAUUCUUCUGUACGGAGUAUGAGAAAUCAAAAGCUGUUGCUGAUAAGGUUGCAUUAGAUGCUGUGUCUGAAGGAAUGCCAAUAUUGCCUGUUUAUCCAGGAGUCAUUUAUGGUCCCGGGAAGGUCACGGCUGGAAAUGUCGUUGCCCGUAUGCUAAUUGAACGCUUUAAUGGGCGUUUACCUGGUUACAUUGGCCAAGCAAAUGACAGGUUUUCUUUUAGCCAUGUUGAUGAUGUGGUUGAUGGGCAUAUUGCAGCUAUGGACAAAGGCAAACUUGGUGAAAGGUAUCUUCUUACAGGGGAGAAUGCGUCCUUUAAGGAAGUUUUCGACAUAGCUGCCAUGGUCACUCAGACAAAGAGGCCUUCGUUUGGUAUCCCCCUACUUAUUAUUGAAGCUUAUGGCUGGAUAUCCGUUCUUUUCUCCAAAUUAACUGGAAAGCUUCCUCUAAUCAGUCCUCCGACUGUUUGCGUGCUUAGACAUCAGUGGGCUUACUCUUGUGAUAAGGCAAAGUCAGAACUGGAUUACCACCCGAGAAGCUUGAAAGAAGGGCUAAAACUCGAACCUCUAAUUGAGGGUUGAAGGCAUUAUUUCAGUCGUCCCAGCACACCUCACGAUCAUUACAAGUGUUGUACUGCUUCUGUUAUUCGACAGGUAAAAACCUUACUAGAAAUUUUACAUGUUUGGUACAUGUUGCAAGUCAACUUUACUUAAUUGUAUACAGAUUUUGUAGACUGAUAGUAGACAAAACAUAAACUCAAAUUUGAACUGCAUUAAUGCAGAAAUAUCCUCUAGAGCUGGACUGCUAGAAGAUAAACAUUGUAGUAGUACAAAACAACAAGAACAAAAAUUGAUACUAUAGUUAUGAAUUGGCAAAAAUGUCACUCCUAAAGAGAAGUGUCAUACAUAUAUGAUAAAUCACCUUGCUACUACUAUCAAGGGGUGUGGUGGAAUGUUGUAGGAUUGGACAUGUUCACCCUUUAACCAGGGAUCUCGUGUUCGAACUUUGGUGAUGACGCUUCUCCUUUAAUGUGCGUUACGUGAAAUUGGACUAGUCGUGCUAUGACUAGUGGAUGCCAGAUAUCAAAUGGUUAUAUUAUAGGAGAAACUUCGUAAUUAAACAUAUUUUACUAUCAUAUUACUAUUUUUACCAAUACUUUUAAAAUAUU